CCGUCAUCACUGCCGCCCCCCCCCCCCACCGCUGUGGAGUCACGUGACCCACGCACACACUCCGCGUCACGUGACUGGAAGAUGGCGGCGCCCUGCGAGCAGUGGAGCGCGUAGCGCUGGCACGCCUCAUGGGUCAGAGCGCGACACGGCCGACCGUCCCACGCCCCGAGGACAUGUCCGCGCCGUGCCCCCUCCCCCUCCUCGUCGACCUGUCGGCCGCCCCGGACGAUGUCCUGCUGGAGAUCCUGAGCUGGGUGCCGGAGGCCGACCUGAGCCGCCACUGCCGCGCUGUGUGCUCCGCCUGGCUUCGCCUCGUCGACUCGGGCGCCCUGUGGAAGCUCAAAUGCCGGCGCGAGGGCAAGUGGAGUGAUGCCAGCUGCUGCAGGAUGCCCCUGCCGCCCGCGUUUGACUGGAGGGCCUUCUACCUGAAGGGCCCGUUCAGCAGGAACCUGCUGCAGAACCCCUGCGCUACCAACCAGUUUGACGGUUGGCAUAUCACGAGCAACGGCGGCGACCAUUGGAACGUGGAGGAUGUGAUGGUGCCUCUUCCAGAGCCGCACGCCCACAUCACCAAGUCCUUUGUGUCGUCCUACAACUGGUGCGGCAAGGAGCAGGUGGUGUCCCUGCUGGCAGAGGGGCUCUGGGUGGAGCUGCUGGACGAGCACCAGCCCCACAUCACCGUCUCGGACUGGUAUGCCGCGCGCUGGGACUGCGGCUGCGUGUACGAGCUGAGUGUGACGCUGCUCGCCGAGGACAAGAGCCGAGUCCUCGCGCGCUUCGACCACAAACCCAAGCCCAUCCCGCAGUGGAGUGACGCUUGCUGGAACCAGGUGAGCCACGUGUUCCGCGACUACGGGCCCGGCGUGCGCUACCUGCGCUUCGAGCACUCGGGCAAGGACACGCAGUUCUGGGCCGGCUGGUACGGGGCCAGGAUGACCAACAGCAGUGUCACCGUGGGCAUGCACUGAGAGGCUCACGGCAGCCUCCUGCUGCAACGCGCCCGGAUGCGAACCUCCAGAGUGUGUGCAGAAGCGGAGCGCUGCAAAGGCGGCACCACAAUCCCGACACUGGAGCCGUGCAGCAAGAAGCGCCUGGCUUCGAUUCCCAACUCGCACGCUUUUCAGUUUUUAUUGGACGUUGUACGUUCUCUCUCCCCGCUCUUCUGCUGGGAGAGAGAAUGUACCACCUCCGAUUUAGUAUUC